AUGAUAUAUACCUUUAGACUGGAUCCACAGCCAGGGAGACCAAAACCAUAUUAUUUCCAUAUGAUUCUUCAGUUACUUGGCUUAAAAUCACAUUUGAUAUUUGCCUUCUGCGAAGUCGGUGGCAAACCCAUAAACUACAGUCAAGAUUAUAGAUUGGUUCAGAGGCAUGAAUGUGCUACCCACUUGGUUUUAGAUGAAAUAACAGAUUAUUCCUCAUGCUCACUCUCUUGGAGCCAUUUUCCUGGAAAGACCUCCAGAAUCUUUGUGAUUGUCACAAUCACAGAACACCGGUGUCCUGUAUUAUGA